AUGAGAUUUCUUGUUAGCCGUUGCGGAUUUGCUGCAGGAAGCGGUCUCAGCCAUGAAGUUCUUCCCUGCACUGAGAGUCAAGCGAGUAACGAAAGUUUAUUUGCUGCAGGAGGUGUGCUUGGCACGGGUCGUCUUGACAAAGGAGGUCUGGCGGGUACCGCUGUUCUCAGCAAUGAAGGCGGCGGAGGUGGUGUAAUCAGUACGGGUCAGGUUGGAGAAGGUGGGCUGCUUGGUACGGGUCUUCUUGCUAACGGAGGUUCCCAGAGUAGGGGAAGUCAACCACGUAAUGGAAGCCUACUUGAUGCUGGAAGUCAGUCUGGCAAAGGUGGUCUGCUUGACACACAUCUUCUUGGUGGCGAAGGUCUUCUUGGUGGCGAAGGUCUUCUUGGCGGAGAAGGUCUUCUAGGAGGCGAAGGUCUUCUUGGCGGCGAAGGUCUUCUAGGAGGCAAAGGUCUUCUUGGCGGCGAAGGUCUUCUAGGAGGCAAAGGUCUUCUUGGCGGCGAAGGUCUUCUAGGAGGCAAAGGUCUUCUUGGCGGCGAAGGUCUUCUAGGAGGCAAAGGUCUUCCUGGCGGCGAAGGUCUUCUAGGAGGCAAAGGUCUUCUUGGCGGCGAAGGUCUUCUCGACAAUGGAAAUCUGCUUGGCCUGGGUAACCUGCUGGGAGCACAAGGUCUUCUGGGCGAAGAAGGCCCUCAGGGGCCCGUGCCGGGCUUUACAUUGUUAAAUAUGCUGAACCUGGAGAAGAUCCGUGUGUCGUGGAAAGUCCUCCAAGGAACCGAGUUACUGCUGAACCUGCAGUCCAAGCUAACCCUGAACCUGCCGGGCAUGUUCUUGCUCCUGAGCGGAGCCUCGUUGGAAGCGAACUUCACGUCGCACAUCGGGAUCACGCAGGAGAUGCCCGGUGACCUCAAGCUGGUUGUUAAGGACUGCCAUGGCCUUUUCGGUGGCAUUAAAGUCGACCUGCAGAAGGGUCUGCUCAGCGGUCUGGUGAGUGGUUUGCUGAACAACACUCUUCGCACCCUCUUGCCAACGGUGGUAAGUCUGCGAGCCAAGCGGGAAGCUGUAACUUGACCAGAGCUGCUUUAUGUUCAAAAUUGCCUGGCAGGUUUUUAAAAAAAAUAGACCAAUCCGUAUAGACGUAUAUAUAGUCACAGACAAAAAGCCAUAAUUGAAUUGUGCAUACUUCCUUGAUCUUUCUUGGAGCCAGGAUUUAUUUCUUAAAGGUAAUUCAAAUUCCAUCAUGCAACGUUACGGGAUAAUUUGUAAGCAAUUGCUUUCUGAAAUGCCUGUUAGUCUGGAGAAGGCACGGUAAACAGAAGUGACAGGAUCACUUAGUAACAAGCCACUUGUUAGAAAAAUCUUUUAUUCUGUUAAAUAGAGUCUGUGCCAUUCGGCAAAGGGGGCUAAGCAAUUUGUAUGGCUUUACUCCAUGGAGAAAGCUGCCUCCAACUUGCUUCCAAGGCCCCGAAAUGGAGGUGGCCGGUCGUGCUAGCGAAACUUGUCCGUCUGCCUAUGACUCCCUCACUGAGGCUUUUCUGCUUGUUGCAGCUGUGUCCUUUAGUCAACGUUUGGACCAACAUCAUCAACAUGCAGCUGCACUUCCUCGACAGCACCGUCUCCUUUGGGCUGCUGGGCAAAAUCCACGCCGCCCUCUCCGCCCUGCCCGUGUCCACAGGGCAGUUCUUUGAAGUGGACUUGCAGGAUACACCUUUCCCGAGUGUCUUCAUCAACUGGCUCCUUCAGGCCGCAGGUGUCAAUCCUGGAGUGCUCAGUCAGUGACCUCCUCCCUGGCAGACCCCAGCAGGCAACCCAGGGGCUUUCUCCUGGCAUCUGACCACUCCGGGAAAUCCUGCUGGUGGAAGAAACUUGCACCCCUUGGAAGCAUCCCACAUGAUGGAGGGGGAGAACAGUGAGACCAAAGGAGCCUGCACUCAACUUCUUUUCCUUGCCGCCAGCAUUUCCAGUGCUUGGCUGCAUGCAGAAGAUGUUGUGGUGUUUCUGGCGAUUUGAGUUCAAAACCAAAAAAGCAUAAUCCAAAUGCACAGGUAGCAAGCAUGUGGGCAAGCAUUUACACCUUGCAAUGAUCAGAAUCAAUAUUACCCCAGCAAAUAAUCUCCACGCGGCUUUGGGUGAGCAUU